AUGGAUGAGAAGCCAUUCCCAGUUCCCAAUUCGACGGUUCCUUACUGGCGAACAGAGCUUCAUGAGCUCGACAGUUACCAGAGCUCGGAGACUUUGCCCUCGGAGCAGGAUAUUGUCAUUAUCGGCGCCGGAUACACUGGUGCCGCCCUCGCUCACUACCUUCUUGAGGGCGUUGAUGCAGCAUCACGGCCAUCAAUCACCAUACUCGAAGCUAGGCAAGCUUGUUCCGGGGCGACAGCUCGCAAUGGCGGCCACGUCAGGCCAGACCUCUACCAGGGCCUCCCUAGUCUCAUCAAAAAGCACGGACAAGAGGCGGCUGAUGAGAUUGCCUUGUUCGAGUUGGCAAACCUCCAUGCCGUGAGAGACCUGGUGCGGGAUGAGAACAUCGACUGCGACUUCAGGGUGACCACCUCCAUGGCAGUCCUCCGAGAUGAGGUCCACGCGGCCCCGUUCAAGGAAGGCAUCAAAGAGCUCCUCAAACUGGGGUCGCCAACUGCUAAGCAAGUCCAAAUCAUUGAGGGAAAGGCAGCCGAGACUUUCUCCGGGGUGAAGGAUGCGAGGGCCGCCUUCUCUUUCGAGGCUGGCUCUAUCUGGCCGUACAAGUUCGUCCUCUCUUUGCUGUCACAGGCUGUCAACAAGGGAGCCCAGCUUCACACGCAUACUCCCGUGUCCCAGGUCUCAGACACACAGGAGAACGGCUUCUGGACCGUGACCACGCCCAGAGGUGCCGUUAGAGCAAAGACUGUGCUCUUCGCGUCAAACGGGUACACCUCGUCGCUGCUGCCCCAGUACAAGGACCGCAUCAUCCCGGCCCGUGGCAUCUGCAGUCGUGUGGUCGUCCCAGAAGGCGUCGACCCUCCGCAUCUUCCUUCGACUUACUCGCUCCGUCAUGGGCCGGGGCUGUACGACUACCAAAUCACCCGACCGGACGGCAGCAUCAUCGUCGGCGGCGGCAGGACGGAGUUCUUCCCGAAGAAGCUUGACGAGUGGUACAACGUCUGGGACGACUCCACGCUGAUCGAGCCUGCUGCGCCGUACUUUGACGGUUAUAUGCAGAGGAACUUCCGCGGGUGGGAGAACACCGGGGCCAAGGUUGAUAAGAUUUGGACCGGAAUCAUGGGGUACACCAACGACCUCCUGCCCCAUGUCGGCGCCGUGCCAUCCAAGCCAGGGCAGUACAUUGCGGCUGGUUUCAACGGCCACGGCAUGGCUUUCAUCCUUCUCACGGCCAAGGGACUCGCGAGGAUCGUCCGGGAUCGCGUGCCCUUUUCCCAAUCUGGAGUUCCGCGGCUAUUCGAGACAAGCGAGGAGAGAUUGCAGAGACACGAAAACGAGCUGCUCGCCUAA